AACCAAUAUUCUAUGAAGAUUUUCUUUGAAAUUAGGAAGCAGAAGUAUCUUGAGGCACUUGAUAGGCAGGACAAGGCAAAGGCUAAAAUAUUAGGGACUGAUUUAGAAGUGUUCUCUACAUUUAAUGAGGAACUGUAUAAAGAAGUUACACAGUUUUUCAGUUUGAGGGAAAAUGAGCGGCUGCCCAAGUAUGGUGACACCAAGACAGCUCGUAUUAUAAUGUUGAUAGCGCUAAAAAAACUGAUAGAAGCAAACCCACUUUUCCUCAAUAAGCUUACCUUUCCUUCCAUGAAGUCAUCAAGAUUGUGGGCUCUGAUUAAGCAUGGUUUGAAGUGGGAGCUCCGGUUCGGCAAGAACCCAAGGCCAAACCCUGACGUUAAGAAACUGUUUAUUGACCAUUUAUAUACAACUCCAUUUGGUCCUCUUGCACCUACACCUCUGAUUCUUCCUGUUGCAGCAGUUGCAAAGCCAGCCAAUGAAUCUACCCAAUGAAGCUGCUGCGGCCAGUUGUUAAAUUUGAGGACCUAAAUUUAGUUUUAGGAGAACAUGAUAUAGGGCACAAUUAUGUUCUUCUUUGUAUGGGAUAUUCUUAUUUUU